CUUUCUGCACCAAUCCAGUUUUGUAUAUAACAGCUGCUAGUCCAAUAUGGCCAACGUCGCGCUGAUCGGCUGCACCGGCAUGGUGGGGAGCCACAUCCUCACCCACCUCCUGGGCAACUCCUCCGUGGCACGCAUUGACACUAUCUCCCGUCGCACCCCUCAACCCGCCACUGCCGCGCCUCAAGAAAAGCUCACCACCUUCGUGUCCGACGACUCCUCCAAGUGGGCUUCGCAGCUCUCCUCCCUGAGCCCAACGCCAGACAUUUUCAUCUCCGCAUUUGGAACCACCCGCGGCGCAGCUGGCGGCUUCGAGAAUCAGUACAAGAUUGAACAUGGUCUGAAUGUUGAGCUGGCCCGUGCGGCGCGCGAUGCCGGCACCAAGGUCUACGUGCUGAUCUCGUCGACCGGCGCUGACAAGAACUCAUCCUUUGGAUAUCCCCGCAUGAAGGGUGAGAUCGAGGAAGAGGUGAAGGCGAUGGGAUUUGAGAGGACGGUUAUCUUGCGCCCUGGACUUAUCUCCGGAGAGAGGCAGGAGAGUAGGCCUGCUGAGGCGGUGAUGCGGGGCUUUGCGGGUCUUGUUGGCAAGAUUCAUUCCGGAUUGAAGGAUGGAUGGGCGCAGGAUGCGGAUGUUAUUGCGAAGGCGGCGGUUAAUGCGGGAGUUAAGGCUUUGAAUGGCGAGGUUCCGGCUGGGAGUGAGAAGGUGUGGGUGAUGUAUGGGAAGGAUAUUAUUCAGUAUGGGAAGGAGUAGUAGCCUGUUCGAGAAGAGUCAUUGUACUAUGAACUAUUUAUAUAUGCUAUCUGCAGUGCUUUAAUAAGAC